AUGGAAAGCAACUCAAAGAAUGAUGAAAAGACCGAGCUGGACAGACAGCUGGGCCCAGAGUACAUCUCAUUCAAAAACACAGGGUAUGCAGAAGAGCCUUACAUAGAAGGGUCUGCAGCCAUAAACAUGGCAAACCGGAUAUUCGGACAUGAUGGCUGGUCCUCCAAGAUUCUUUCCGUGACAAACAUGAGCAUAGAGGAGUUUCCGGACGAUAAAGUGACAGUGACAGCUAUGGCCCAGUGCAGAAUAACGCUGGCAGAUGGCGCAUUUCGAGAGGACAUAGGCGUGGGGAUGGCUGAAAGAGUAAAAGGCAUCGGGAGGGCGAAAAAGAAUGCGUACAAAUCAGCAGUUACAGACUCGAUAAAGCGGACCCUGCGGCAGUUUGGGCAAGCACUUGGCGCGUGCUGCAACGACAAAAGCUAUGUAAAGCAGAUAAAAAAGGUGAAGAAGAUAGAGACCCCGAUCAACGUAGAGACCCUGAUCCGCCCGACCACAAAAGUAAAACGGAUGUCCACGAGAUCCCCCAAAAGUGCACAGACUGGCAAAUAUCAAACAGAUGUAGAUAGUAUAUACAGGCACAUGCCGCCGAAGCUGGAAAGCAUAUGCGCCAGCCCCGUGCUUUUCGAGCAGAGGCCCAAAAUCAAGAUGAGUUCUAUUGCGGAAGGCCCGGACAGCCCCCAAGAAGGCCCGCAGAAACACAACAAGAAAGAUUCGCCCGCAGACAAAAGUCUCCAGCCGCUCGAGGACUUUCUAUCGUCGGAGUAG